GAUAUUCACUUACGUGAUACGAUUAACGGCGUUGCACUUGUAGGAAUCGUCAGACGAACAAACGUAGAAUUGGAAGUUCCUGUGGAUUUCCGUGGAGCCUAUGACUUUUCCCGAUCAUGUUCCGCAUUUCGAAGCAGCUGUUAUCCGUCGCAGCAAGGUAGGAGGCACAACGUUUCGGCCUUCGAUGAUACGUUCGCCGGUUGCGAGCGACGAGUUGGUUGUGCUGGUUACUGGUCGCGUGUGUCUGUCUCGUCGAAGCCAGGUACAAGAUCAGAAGACCCCCGUUACCGCCUCCGCAGCCUUCUAAGCUGCUGUUCAAGAAACCAUGGCCGAUCGCCCAUAGGAUCUCCGUGGGGAACGCGAUGCACAUCAAUGGGAACUUCCCGGCGAAACGGAUGCCCCAGAAGCCACCGAAUUACAGGAUUCGUCGGCCACCGAUGUUCAACAUGCCUCCUGCCAUUUGGAAGAAUCAAAUCCCGAUAAGAGCCUCUUUGAGCAAUCACGCGGUCCUUCCGCAACGUCCGCCGGUCAAGGAAUUCCACUCGGUGAACAAGAUGCCGGAGUACAGUGCGGAGUACAGGCCGGAAGCCGCUAUUCUAUCGCCGACGCACAGGGGCGGCGUCGACGACGACAAAGGGCCGAUUCACACCAUCCCUGCGCCGAAUCUCAGCCCCAUGGACAGACCUUUUAACAACGAAGCGAAUACGGAAGAGACUCAACGUCAGCAGACCACCGACGCUGUUUAUAAAUUUAAUCCGCACGGUUGGUUCGGAGUAUUUCUGGAUCCGCUCCAGCUGAUAUUAAAUAUAUGUACUAUUCUAUCGUUCUUUCUCUUUCGUUUGACGUUCCCCGUAGGUUCCCUGCUACCAAAUUUCAAUCUUGCGACCAUCGGUACGAGUUUAGCACCGCAGAAGACCGUGACGAGUCCAACGCCGGUGCAACAUCAGUACGAAGUGACCGAGAGCAACGACAUCAGCCAGAAGGAAUAUCAGACCGUUCUACCAACGUUCCUGCCGCCGGAAUACGCGACGCUGUCGACGCUAGUUAAUCCCGACUUGCAAACGAACGACGUUUUCUUGAACAAUCAUCCGGCGUCGAAUAUAGGCCUCAUCGGAACGAACAUUCAACUCGGCCAGCCAAACUUGCCCAUGCAAACGAAUCUUCACAGUUCCCUUCACGUUGGUUUCCCCGGUACCGCUGGCCAAACUCCAUACAUCAUAAACCAACAGAUUCCUGAUCUGCACGUCGGUCAUCCAGCUCCGGCUGGACCUCCCCUCUCGGCGACACAGCUCUACGAUCUUCUGAACAGCUUCCCGCAAAAAAUGCAGGAGCAGUAUCAAACUGGUCAACAGCCACAACUUCAGCAGCACAUACUGCAGCAACAACUUGGCCAAUUCUUCCAGCCUACCGGCGUCACUGGUUUCUCACAGCCGCAGAUGCAAUCGUUCAAUUACGACGAGCAAGAUAACAAAGAGCAGCAGCAACAGCAGGUUCUGUUCAACCAGGAUUACGUCGCCGGGAGAGUCAAUACGAAUUACAACGUGGGAUCGGAGACGUCUGUAGACGAGGAAGAGAACGCUGACCUGCAACAGAACGAGGAUCUCGCGUACAUCGCCGAUAGGGACGAACAGUUGGAAAAUAACAUCGAAUACGAGGAGGAAACCAGCAAUCAAAAGGACCAGACGACGUAUUUCAACAAAGUGGCGAACAACGAUGGGAUAUCCACGCAAUUCUACACGACGCUGCCUAAUCGCGAGGCUGCAGAAAAACUGGCAGCUCUGGCAGCUGCUGGAAAUGUUAACAGUCAAUUGAUCGGACAAUUGCGAAAGCAACAACAACAACAACAACAACAGGAGAAUGUACAUAACGACGAAACUAUGCCUCCUAAUCACAAGAACGAAGAGUACAAAACGAACGAACAAAUCAACGACGAUAGUCGUUACGAUGAGAAGUAUCACCAGGAUCGAGUUCAGAAUCGACAGAAGCAACGACAGCAGGAGCACGAACAACAGUUACAGCAAUACGAGGAACGGCAGAAAGAAUACGAUAGACAACAGCAACAGCAACGUCAAAGGCAAAAUGUAUACAGCAACAAACGACCAUUGAGAAUUAUGGUGCCUGAUGAAAAUGAUUACAACAACACCGAGAUACAGAGCGAAGAGCCGAAGGAGAAUACGGAAGUGGAGUACGAGUAUGAGAACGACGAAGCAGCGGAUGCCGGAAGUUCGCAGGUGAACGCGUCGUUCGACGGAAGAACGUCUUACGAUCGAUCGAACGUUGAAUUUGGAUCGCGUUUGAGUUCCAAGACUGGAGUA